AUGUUCGUUACAUUCGUCACACUCUCACUCACGGCUUGUUACGUAAAUGAUCGCAGACACCGGCUCGUUAUUAACAGAGACACGUACCGAUCUGGGUUUAAUGCGAAACCUCUGUCAGGGAAACCAUUACUGACGACGGAAAAUGGUGACAGCGGUGUAAAAGACUACACGAGCCACCCGUGCCUUCGUGAAUGCGACUCGACAGCGCCCCCUAGAGUGUGCGAGUAUAACUUCACCGUGGAGAACUACGCGACGCGUACCAAAGCCUGCUACGACUGCCCCUUCACCCCCUCCGACUGCUUCCGGCCGCACUGCAUCCCGGGAGACGGCAACCCGAGGUCGGUUAUUGUUGCGAAUCGAAUGCUUUCUGGUCCAUCCAUACAGGUGUGCGAAGGCGACGAAGUGGUGGUCAACGUCCAUAACAAGAUGAUUGGGGGUGAGGGGACGACCAUUCACUGGCACGGGCUGCACCAGCGGGGAACACCGGAAAUGGACGGAGCUGUGCUUGUCACACAGUGCCCCAUACAUGCGCAUUCGACAUUUCAGUAUCGGUUUUCUGCGCGCUCACCCGGUACUCACUUCUGGCACGCUCACGCCGGGGUACAGAGGGGUGAUGGUCUUUUCGGGUCGUUUGUCGUCCGCCAGUCGGCCGCGAGGGAACCGCACCGGAAGUUGUACGACUUGGACGAAUCGGAACACACGAUCACGUUAAUGGACUGGAUGCGGAAGACGAGUGUGGAAGUAUUCACAGACAAACACCACAGCGGCGGACCCGCUUUCCCGCAGUCGUUGCUGGUCAAUGGAAGAAGCCAGUUCCAUAAGAUUACCUUAAACAACACCAAUGAAACCACUCACAUUCCGUAUUCAGUAUUUGACGUCAAACAAGGUCACAGGUAUCGCUUCCGUGUCAUCAGUAACGCCGCCCAGAACUGUCCAAUGCAGGUGUCGGUGGAUAACCACACGCUUCUAGUUAUCGCCCUUGACGGAUCUCCCAUCCAGCCAGAGCCGUUUGACGUCAUCAAUAUUUUUGGUGGCGAGAGAAUAGAUUUCGUUUUAUCAGCCAAUCAGAGCGUGGGAAAUUAUUGGCUGCGUGUUACCGGAGACGGAUCUUGCGGCUUCUACUUCCUGCGGGCCAUGACUCUGGCUAUACUGAGGUAUACUGGCGCACCGGAAGUUGUUCCUACAGCAGCGACAGAUUUUAAAAUUGCUACACAAUCUGAUCGGUUUUUGAGUCCUUACAACACGAAUGGUCCAGCCACUAGCCGGCAUGUUGUGGAGAUGACGUCACUUCACCCCGAUGACGUCACACUGAAAGCCACGCCCGACAAGAAGUUUUAUCUGCGAGUUGACUUCAACCGCAUCAACAACUACAACUACCACAGCCCCGAGCUGUACCCGCUAGAAAACGUCACGUCGGCGAUGGAGCUGCUCACAAACCAGAUCAACUACAUAUCGUCCAUUCUACCCCCCUCUCCGUUACUGACGCAACAUGGGGAUGUUCCAGAGGAGAUGUUUUGCAACGAACGCACGGUCAAGAAGAACUGUACGCUGGAAUUCUGCGAGUGCGUGCACGUGCAGGACGUGCGACUUAAUGACGUCAUAGAACUGGUUAUAGUGGAUGAAGGGCAAUCACACUGGAGUAACCACCCCUUUCAUCUCCACGGCCACCAGUUUCGCGUCGUCGCUUUGGAAAAAGUCAGCAAACAAGCUUACGCAUACGAAGUGAAGCGGCUGGACGCGGAAGGACACAUAAAGAGGAAGCUGAGUGGUGCGCCGCUCAAGGAUACAGUGAAUGUUCCUGAUGGCGGAUACACGGUGGUACGUUUUCACGCCACUAAUCCAGGAUUUUGGCUGUUCCAUUGUCACAGUGAAUUCCACGCCCAGAUUGGACUGAGUAUGAUCUUUAAAGUUGGCGACAUUCACCAGAUGGUGACACCGUCAAAGGGUUUUCCCAAAUGCGGAAAUUGGAAACCGGAAAUGACGACAGGUUCUGCAGAUGACGAGUCUACGUCAUCAUCGUCACAAAGAACCGUGUACAGUUUAAACGCCGUUUCUGUUGUAGUUACGUUGUUAGUGGGUGCGGUGAUGAAUGUUGUUUAUUAAGAAGGUAUAUACUGUUUGUUUGUAUUGUGGCACAUUCCAAUAGGGGUUCUUUGAGUUAUUCUAAUGUUUCACGUGCCUGUGUCUGUGAUAUUUGCAUUGUGUGUGUGUGUGUGUGUGAGAGAGAGAGAGAGAGAGAGAGAGAGAGAGAGAGAGAGAGAGAGAGAGAGAGAGAGAGAGAGAGAGAGAGACAGACAGUGAGACAGACAAAGAGAGACAGAGAGAGAGAGAGACAUAGAGACAGAGAUAGCGAUGGAGAGACGUGUACCAUUCCACACACUGGA